CGACAAGUCAGUCUACGGAUGAACGUUGAGAAGGGAGGGUGUUUGCUCCAUUCCCAAAGCCCCAUCCCCAACGCUGCGCAUCCCCAUUUGCUAUUGUUCCAUCUUACCAACUACAUGAACAAAGUAUCUAAGCACAUCAUUUCCACUGUGAUAUAAAGAAGCCUAACCACUGUACGCCCUCACUCUUUCCAUAUGCGUUGCAAAAUAAAUUCAUAUUAUAAUUCAUUUUACGUACUUAUAGAUUUGCACGCUACCGCAGUGGCGUGUGGCGAGUGUGCGGUGAGCGUGAUUCACGAGUGGUGGUGGUGCACAUUGGCGGUAUUGAGGUAGUAACGAUAAGAUGCUGACGAACAAUGGUAAUGGUAGUAGUGGCAGUGAUAUGACAGGAAGCUGUAAAGUGAUGGAAGUGGUGGUUCCUACCCAAGUGCACAAUUGACGACAUCGCAAGUGUUCGUUAUAAUAUGGUUUAAAGCAGCAGCAUCGUUACAGUCUCCAGCACCUCCUCCGCCUCUUCCACUCCCUCCUCCUUCUUCUGCACCUGCUCUUCGUCGUCGUCUAGAACCGUCAUGGAGAUCAACAGAAGCCUACUCCCCGUCAAGGGCCAUUUUUUCCUCUACUGGGGAUUCAUGGCCUCCGCCCCGCCCUUCGUGAUGGUGGUGGCGCGGCAGAUGGGCGUCCCACUGAAUGUGCAGGGCGUCGUGUCGGGAGUGGUCAUCGCCGCCGCUGUGCUCGCCCGCCCACUCAUCGCCGCCUUCGUCGAUACCUUCCCCUCCAGACGGAAAGCCAUCUUCCUGGUCCUCAUCUGCCUCAUGAUCGCGUCCUACAACCCCCUCGGCUACCUCCCGCCCCUGCAGCCCCCGCCCCGUCUCUCCGGCAGCCUCCUCCCGCCUCCCCACGGCCUGAACACGCCACUCCUCGUCGUCCCCCCAAACCACCAUCACCAGCGUUAUCGCCAAGACGAGUGUGUGGUCACCUCGGCCUGGGACUGCUUCGCCUUUCCUCUCAGCAGUACCCAAGAAGAGGAGGAGGAGUCCCUUUCAGGCACCCCCGACACCGAGCUCAGAUUUUCCCUAAGACUCUUCGAAGAAGGUCGUCACAAAGAGUUCGAGGAAGGCGAAAAUAGCCAUGAAGAAGGUAACAGUGGGUCUAGCAAAAGCGAAAAGUAUGAAGAAGAGAAAAACAAGCUUGGAUACUCUAAAAAUAACUUUGGAGGAGAAACUAGGCUUGGAGAAGGCGGAAAUGAGCUUGAAGGCGAAAACAAACUUGGAGAAUUCGAAAACAAGUUUGAAGAGGAUCAGAACAGCCACACAGGGGAUCAUAAAGGUACAGUCUUGCAUGAUGAAGUGAGGGAGCAAGUGAUGGCCGUAAGGAGAUGGUGGGGCCUCGAUUCUAAUGAGACUUUGGUUUACGUGGUCGAGGGCUCAUCCGAAUGGCGCUUCACUAAUGUAUACAACGUGAGCGUGAGGUGCCUGGGGGGCGAACUGGGGACGUUGGAUGCUGACGGGGCUGCGCAGGAGGGGAGCUGCGAGCCUGCUAUCCUGAAGGAGGGUGGUUUCUGGGUGUAUGUGCUCUGCCUCCUCGCCUCCUACAUCACCGCCACCACCGUCGAGUCCAUCUCCGACGCUAUCUGCUGCGACUCUAUAGGCGAGGGCGGGGAUUACGGGCGGCAGCGGGUGUGGGGCGUGCUGAGCUAUGGAAUGCUGGGUGCCCUGAGCGGCGUGCUGGUGGACUGGCGCUCCGGGGAAUGCACCGUCAGGGACUACAGGGCGGCCUUCCUCCUCAUGACCGCCUGUGGGACCCUCGACUUCCUUCUCUCUGCCGCGUGUCUGAAGGUGCCCAAGCUGGAGCUACAGCGGAAGGGCGUGUGGACCAAUCUCAGUUCUCUCCUCCGCCGGCUACACUUCGCCGUCUUCCUCGUCACCGCCCUCCUGACAGGCUUCUUCGAUGGUCUUGAUACUGGCUUCCUCUUCGUGCUGCAAGAGGACAUAGCAGAGGGGAGAGGCACUGGGAGUAAAUACCUCAACGCAGCACAAGGCUUCACGUUGCUGGUUCAGGCCAUCGCUGCCAUCCCCUUCAUGUUUGUGGGAGACUCGUUAGUGAGAAGAUUCAGCGCCGAGAGAGUGAUGAACGCCGUGCUCUUCCUGUAUUCCAUACGCCUGCUCAGCUUGUCCGCCGCCAGCUACUUCGGCGUCUUGUGGUGCACCGUGGUCGUCGAGGUCAUCAACGGUCCGUGCUUCGGCCUCGGCUACACCGCCAUCGUCAUCCAUGCCGCCGCCUUAGCUCCUCGUGGCCUCUCCACCACCGUCCAGAGUGUGGUGGGAGUAUGCUAUGGCACUCUGGGUUACGCGGGGGCCAGCUUCGUGGGCGGUAUCGUGUACGAGUUAGUGGGCAGCCAGAGGCUCUACCUGCUAACGGGCAUGGCGGCACUCUGCACCUGGACGCUCCACUUGGCCCACCUGAAGCUAUGCCCGCCCAAUAUCAAGGCAACAAAAUUCAAGAUGGCCGAGGGGGAGCAACAAGAGGAACCUGAAGUCUUGCAGGUCACGGUGGGACGUGAUGGGGACACCACCGAGGCUCCCCGACGAGGAGGGACCGAAGGGGAACUGCUGAAGAAGGAAAAGAAGGUUGUUGAAAGGGGGGAAGGUGAGGAGACAAUUGAAAAGGGAAAGGAGGAGGAGGAGACAGAUGGAAAGGGAAAAGAUAAGAAGGAAAUUGCUGAAAACGGAAAAGAGAGGAAGAAGGAGGAGGAGGAGGCCGUGAAAAAGGAAAACAAAACUGAAGACGAGGUUGUUGAUAAGCAGAUGCUGAUAAUGGACAAAAAGACAUCUGAGAAAGCUGAUGAAGAAGAGAAAACGGAGGAAGACGAGGAGACAGAAACUAAUACUCUCUUGAAGAAAAACGCAGUGCCAAUUAGAGGAAAAGAAAGAGAUGACAUAGUAGGAGGAGGAGGAGGAGGAAGCUGAUGCUUGUAUGUUUCCUCAAGGAGAAUUUAGUGCUUAAGUGAGCCAUGAGGGUGCAUGAGCUAUUAUAAUAAUAAGAUAUAUACUUUCUAACAAUAAUGCGUAAAAAGUAAUGAUUGACGCUUCGGCGUAAUGCAUAUAUUCGCCUCCUUUAAAAUUAGCUCUGGGGCCGUGAAAAAGUAAUCACAGCUUUCAAUCUUCAUUCAAAUAGAUCUGUUGUUUG